UGUCAAAGUAUUUUGAUUAGAUUAGAGCGAGUUUUUUACGUUUUCCGCUAAUUGUUCCGAAGUAAACCGUGAGAUAAAACUUAAUAAUGUCCCGUGAAGCAAUUUCUCGACCCCUUCGAGUUUUGUUCAUCCACUACGACAGAGAUUACACGUAAAAGAAUGAGUUAGGGCCACUGCGAGAGUUCGUUUAGUUUGUAGGCUCAUUUUAUUUUGUUUCGGUCAUUUCCUGUAUUUAUGACAUUGAAUUUGGAGUAUCAUUUAGUCGACUUGAAGCCACAAGAAAUGGCACGAGACAGAAUCACGAAAAAGUGGGAAGUCUUCGCGGGCCGUAACCGAUUCUACUGCGACGGCCGGCUGAUGACGGCCCCCAACGGGGGCGUGUUCCUCCUGACUGUGUUUCUGAUCACGGGAACCUGCACCCUGUUUUUUAUCUAUGACUGCCAUUACUUGGCGGAAAACGUAACGAUCGCGAUUCCUAUCAUUGGUGGCUUGUUGUUUAUAUUUACGAUGUCUUCCUUGCUGCGCACCAGCCUUUCAGAUCCAGGUAUUAUUCCAAGAGCGACACCAGAAGAAGCUGCCUAUGUUGAAAAACAAAUCGAAGUCACAAAUUCGGCAAACAGCCCCACUUACAGGCCCCCGCCUCGGACGAAAGAGGUCUUAAUCAAGGGGCACACAGUCAAGCUGAAAUACUGCUUCACUUGCAAAAUAUUCAGGCCCCCGAGGGCCUCACAUUGCAGUCUUUGCGAUAAUUGUGUCGACAGAUUUGACCAUCACUGCCCUUGGGUCGGAAAUUGUGUCGGUAGACGAAAUUACCGAUUUUUCUACAUGUUUAUAGUAUCGUUAGCUUUUUUGGCCGUAUUUAUAUUUGCUUGUGCCAUAGCUCAUUUAAUAUUAAUUACUAAAAAUGAGGGUCAGUUUCUUGACGCCGUAAAGCAAUCACCACCAAGUGUCAUAGUAGCAACAAUUUGUUUUUUUAGCGUUUGGAGUAUUUUAGGACUUGCAGGCUUCCAUACUUAUCUUACGACAAGUAAUCAAACAACAAAUGAAGACAUAAAAGGUUCGUUUGCGAGUAAGCGCGGCCAAGAAAACAUGAAUCCUUACUCGCAGGGAAACGUCUGUUUGAAUUGUUUUUACAUACUUUGUGGUCCAGUGACGCCAUCUCUCCUCGACAGGCGAGGGAUCGUUACUGAUGAUUAUCGUGCCGAAAUAUCACGAAACGUCAUGCCUGAAAUCAAUCAACCGAUGAAAAACUUCGGAAUCCCUGUACAAAACGGUCCCAGUCAGGUGACACUAAACGCGUCGGAAAUGCCCGGAAUUUACCGACAGACGACGGAAACAACCGAUAGCAACGCCGGUAGUGUGACGCAUCUAGUGAGUAACGAGCAGCCGCUGGCCAUCGCCCCGGCCCUGCAGAAGUCCUCUGAGCACCAGUACAUGUCUCAGACGAGUCUGAAUCAGGCGCCGGUUUACAGCAAUAUCCUGAGUCACGGUCAGGUCACUCUGAGCAAGUCUCAGAGCUACGCGAAUAAUUUGAACGUGACGGAUAAGAGUGACGUGGGGGACUUGCAUCUAGAUCCCGUGGUUUUAAGGGACACUAGCGCGGAAAAACGAAAGGACGAUAAGUUAGACAACGAUAUGACUCUGCAGGAGAAGGAGAACAGUUUGUUGAGUGCGAGUAGAUUGAGACUUUUGCAAGAUACGACGAUGAUUGAAAGUGCGUUAGAUUUAGAUUCGUUGGACGAUUCGAGUUUAGGGACGAACAGUCAAGCGGGGCUUAUGAAAGUUGUUGUGUAAUUUGGUUAUUUUUUAGUUCGUACUUUAAGCGAAAUAUAUUUAUUUUUGUAAAGUGAUAAUAACAUUGUAGCGAAUGUUUUACGUUGUAUAUUACGUUGGGGAGUAAAGUCGCCCGGUCUUUGUCGUUUUUUUACAGUUUUUAGAAAGAUCGGGGACUUUAUCGAUGCAAUUUUUUGUUACUGCUGUUGUAUUAUUGCUUGAAAUGGUGCAAAUUUUCUAAUUGUAAGUUUACAAAUUCAUAUUUUUGCUAUACGUCGAUAUUUAGAUGAGAGUAGAUAAAUAAAAGUAUUCAUUCUGA